AUGGGCAGAUACAAGCACAGCUUCACGCAGAGGCGCUGCUGGGCCGUGGUCGGAGCGUGCUGGCUGCUCGCCUUCGCGUUCAGUUUCACGCCCAUGUUCGGCUGGUACAACCACCAGACCCUGGCCAACAUGGUGGUGGAGAACUUCACCACCAUCGUCUGCACGUUCGUGUCCGUCAUCCCCAUGACUUACCUGGUCUACUUCCAGUUCUUCGGGUGCACGCUGCUCCCCCUGCUGGUGAUGUGUGCCCUCUACGUCCAUGUCUUCCGCUCCAUCUCCAAGCGGCUGCAGAGGAGCCAGGCCCCGGGUGCCGAACCCCACGCGUACUACGCCAAAGAGCGGAAGCUGGCCAAGUGCCUGCUGCUGGUGCUGGUCCUCUUCGCUGUCGGCUGGUUGCCGCUGAGCGUCAUGAACUGCGUGACGAUCUUUGGCGGCGACGUCCCUCUGGUCGCCAUCUACAUCGGGAUCCUCCUCACGCACGCCAACUCUGCCGUCAAUCCGGUCGUGUACGCCUUCAAGGUGCCGAAGAUCCGCAGUGCGUACCUGCGGGCCUGGAGGAAGUGCGCCCUCUGCUGGCAGCAUGGGGUAUCACAGCGCACCGAGAGCAAGGACAUCAGCACCAAAAGCAAAUCCAUUGAAGAUUAGACCAAGGAACAGGAUUAUUCUGAUAGUAAUCUACACACAGCCAUACUGUGUGCUCAUAUUACCAUCAAUAAGCCAUUCUGCUUACUGUUAAUUAACAGCACCAUUUUAAAACACUGGCUGGGAUUUAAUCAACAUUUGUCCUUAACCUUGACUAACAAAAUCAAGAGUUACCAAGAAUUUAUUUUUCUUCAAGCACACUGUCGAGUUUGGGAAUCUCUGAAACUGAAUUGACAAAAUGAAUUUGCAAAAAAAAAACUUCCAACAUUAGCAAUUCCUUGUGAGUCAAAGUUAAAUUGUUGAUUGAAUCAAUUUAAUUGAUGAGCAAAUGUGUGUGUUUAUUUUUUUGAGGAAUAUUAGUUCUAGCUUGUGCUAAAAGGCUAAUUAUACAAUUCUACAUGAGAUGUGAGUGAAAUUAAAAUGCCUGUAUCAGUUCAAUUCCCUUUCUACCAUAUUAGCAUUAUAGCACAAUCUAACACAUUGGUAUCCCUUUCUAACAUACUGCCGUGUUUCCUGUCAUCAGAUAUUCCAGUUUUAUAGAGAAAACAAACCACUACUGAAGAGUUAAAGAAGUUCUCAAUGAAGUAACAGUUUAGUGUCUGAGUGUUUCUACAAUAGCUAUGUUAGAAUAAAGUGUGUAAGGAAAUUGUCAGAUCUCGUUUUAAUGUUUUUUUGUUAGCCUGGUGUCUUGUCUUUUCCUUUCACAAUCUUUGUUUUCCCUUGCAGCGUAGGCAGGUCUCGUUGCCAGCUGAUUUCCUUCACCUGCCUCCUCAGCAUUCUGCAUGCUUCUGCCCCCAUUUACUCCAGCAUAUAUUCUCGGUUUCGCCCACCACUCUCCGCCAGAUCGUUGCCUCAGUUCGCUUGAAGCUUCUAGUCGGCUCUUGUUUAAAGUUAUUCGCGUUCCCGUCUCGCACUCUGGUUUUUCCCCACUUACCUGCUUUUUCCUUCACCGUUUGUCGUUGCUCGUUUUUAUGUUCUG